GAGGGAGAGCAAGACGUAGAUUAUGACAAUUCUGGUGACGAUUGCGGUAACAUACCGGACUUUGUUCAGCUAGACUUACGAGGAGAACAAACAAUCGUUGAUAGAGAAACACUUGUGAAUCUACCGGAAAGUUUACUGAUUGCCAUGUUUCCAAACGGGCUGAUACUUGUUAAAAAAGAAGCUACAGCCAGUUUAAUGAGAGUAGAAGAGAAUCAUACUCUGAUAAAUGAGGAGGAAGAAUUGAUGUUGGCUUAUGUUGAUUUUAAUAGUUCUUGCUUAAAAUAUGUUUUAGAUGUUUUUCAGCAAGCGCAACAAAAGGUGCCUGAGUACAGAAGUAGCCCUUUAUUUAUGAACAAACAAGCCAUUAUUGUGUUAAGGGAGGAACUAGAGUAUUAUUGUAUUACACAGCAACAACAGCAUUCACAAAAGCAAUUGAAAAUAGCAGCAGGAGAGUAUUUAACGAACAAUAAUCAAGUAUUUUCAGCCUUGUUGAAGAAUAUUGAAAGAGAACAAAAUGUGUCAGAACAACAUCUCAUAGAUAUGUUAUGCAAUGCUGGAUUCACGAAAGAAGAUAAAUGGGCUUUCAGAGAGCUGGAGCCUAAUAGAACAUGUGUCAUGAGUAUCAGUUUAGUACCGUUGAAGUAUUCAAACGAUAAAGAUACAGCGAAUAAAUUACUAUUAUUUUGGAGAAAACCUGCUAGGAAAUGUUGGUGGGAGGGUACUACAAUAGAAUUACAAAAGAUUGAAAAGCCAAUUCGUUUAUGGUCACGACGAACGUGGACAUUAGAAUUGGCCCUGAUAUGA